GGGUGGAGCACAAGUGGUGCGUCGUUUUUAGACUCAGAGGUAGCGAUGAGAUCCAUUGCAAGAACGACGCCACUACCGUCCACUACCCCACCAUUGACUAGCUACUGACAGUAGUACAGACUAUACUGGGCCUGGACCGUCCGUGGAUGGUGCAAAGUUUCGGAAAAACUGGCUCACAGACGGAUGGGAGAACCGCAAAGCAGUCUCACAUCGCUGCUGUUCCUAUUCUCUGCCGUCAACCGCGCGUUUGGUGGCACUACUACCCACUGGGUCUGAUCAAGUUUACCACGGACCUGCUGGGGUUUGCAGGCCUCUCCUCCUCUACCAGCUAGUGUCUUUCAUUGAGAACAAACAAGAGCCAAUGUACUAUGGCUAUCUGUUUGCUCUGGGACUGAUGUGCAGCACACUGGUCACUGCUAUACUUACCUCUCAUUUCAAUUACCAGGUAUAA